AUGUUAUUUAACUCAUUUAAACGCCCUCUGCAGCGGCUGGGCUGUGCACUGACCUCCACUAGCUGCAGCAAGAGCAGCAGCAGCAGCAGCAGCAGCAGCAGCAGUAGCAGCUGUUUCUGCUGCAGCGCCGACUGGGGGCUGCUGCUGCUGCAGCGGCACCUCAAUUCAGGCUAUAUUGCUGCAGCAGCUGCGCAAAACUCUGCUGCUGCUCCCCCUCAUGAUGGACUUCGCCCCCCUUCAACAUCAGCAGCAGCAGCACAAACAGCAGCACAAACAGCAGCACAAACAGCAGCAGCAGCAGCAGCAGCAGCAGCAGCAGAGCCUUCUCCGUUUGAUAGCGAGCAGCUUUCAGAAGAUUCGAGCGAUGAGGGGGGCCCCGAGGGGCCCCUGCAUUUUGAUAUUGAGGGCCCAGCGCAUGCAAACCUGUGGCUAGGAGACAGUCUCUGCGGAGCAGCAGCAGCAGCAGCAGAAGCAGCAGCAGCAGCAGCAGGAGAGGGAGAGGCGGAGGCAGCAGCAGGUCGUGCGACAGUAGAAACAAGAACAGCAGCAGCAGCAGCGAAUGCUGCUGCAGGAGCUUCUUCGUGGUGCGCUGCUGAAGAAGACUGCGAUGAGGCUGUCGCGCAGCUGCUGGCCAGAACAGCAGCAGCAGCAGCACCAGCAGCAGCAACAACAACAGCAGCAGCAGCAGCAGGAGACAAUCAAGAGACACAAUUUCUUCAACGUCGAGGACUGAAGGGAACUCCAUUGGGAGCAGCAGCACUGGACAGCAGCAAAAGGCGUAGAGACGCUUUGCUGCAGCGCCUUGCACUAGCAGAGAAACUUGCUGCUAAGGGGACAGACAGCAGCAGCAGCAGCAGCAGCAGCAGCAGCAGCAGUGUGAUUGCAUUUAUGAACGAAGAACAGAGAAUGGGGGGCAAGAAAAAAAUAAAAAAACAAAAAGACAAACAGCCGGCAAGCCGUGUGUGGGUAACGAAGGUGUGCGAUAUCGACAGCCUUGCAGCAGCAGAUAUGAACAGAGCUUUUAUGCUGCUGCUGGUGCAGCAGCUGCCUGCUGAAGUUGUGCUGCAGCUGCUAACGCGUAUUGGGGUGUAUAGGGACUGCCCAACGCAGAGGGCUUAUGAAUGCUUGUCUGCUGAUUUUGCUGCUGCAGUAUCUCGUUGCAUGGAGCAGCAGCGAACUCCAGCAGCAACAGCAGCAGCAGCAGCAGCAGCAGCAGCAGCACUCCUCACCAGGUGUGUGAGGCCCUUACCUGCUAUACUGAGUCAUCCCUAUCGCUUGUCUUCAUAUACUCAGCUCUUAGGAGAGUGCUCAUUAAAGAAAUAUCUGUAUAUACACCUCAAGAGACACGGGGUGCUGCCACCGCAGCAGCUGCUGCAGCAGCAGGAGCUUCAUGUUAAGCAGCUGCUGCAGCAACCGCAGCUUGUUUUGUCUCCUCACCCUCAACAUAAUGUAGACAUUCAUAACCCACAACUUGCUGCUGCUGAGAAGAUGCUGCUGCCCCCCAGCAACAGCAGCAGCAGCAGCAGCAGCAGCAGUAGCGUAGGUUCCAGCAACAGUGCCAGUAGCAUUGACAGCAGCAGCAGCAACAGCAGCAGCAGCAGCAGCAGGAAGAGGAGCAGGAGGAAGGAUGAGGAGGUCCCUCGACCCCCUCUGUAUGAUAUCAUUCUUGCUGCUGAACAUAUGGGUGUAGAUUACAGAGAACUUCUUCAGCGCAGCAGCAGCAGCAGCAGCAGCACGAGCCUGCAGCAGCAGCAGCAGCAGCAGCAGCUAGAAGAAGAGGAGGGAAAUGAAAUGUACACCGUAGAGACAGACCCGCUGCAGAUGCAGCGCGUGCCUGUUGCAGCACCAAGGCAGCAGAUGACCAGUGUUGCUGUUCCUGAUGCAGCAGCAGCAGCAGCAGCAGCAGCAGCUGCAGCAGCAGCAGAAUCAGACGAUCCUCCAAAACUGAGGCCGUGGUGGAGGACCCGUUGGGGUGAGUGGGGUGAUUCCUUCUCCUACAAAGGAGUGCGUUAUAAAGUUGUAGAGGGUAAGGGAUGGACGCGGCUGCCACUGCAGCAGCAGCAGCAGCAGCAGCAAAGACGUUUAGGGCCCAGAAGGAGACACCAGCCUCAUGCUGUGCUGCGGCAACGCAGGAGACAGCGCGCUGCUGUCUCUGUUGCUGCAAGAACGCAGCUGCUGCAGCGUGAUGCUGCUGCUGCAGCAGCAGCAACAAAGCCUGCUGCUGCUGCUCCUGUUGCAGCAGCAGCAACAAAGCCUGCUGCUGCAGCAGGCAGCAAAAAAAACACUCAACUCUAA